AUGGGCACUUCUAUUCUAUCUAGUGUAAACAACAAGGAUCGAACCCUCUCCCCUCGUCUCCCUCCCAGCGCCGCCUUCCCCACCGCACCCACGCGACGCCCACUAGGGGGGGGGGCUCACCCCCGCGUGACCUGCACGACCGUCGGCCCCGUCCCGAGUGGAUCUAGAUCGGGGGCAACUGACGCCCCCGACCCGUCGUGCGCCGUCACCGCCACCACCUCCGACACCGCUGGACCGCCGCCGGAGCCCCCCUCACCGUCUUCGCCGGAUCGGCCGCCGCCCCGUCGCCCUCGACUCCUCCCCGCUGGACUGCCUCCUCCCGGACUCGCAUCACUGAGCCUCGUCGCCUCUUCCCUCCUCGCACAUGCUGGAGCCCUGGAGCCAGACGCCACCGUCGACGACGACCCCUACUACACCGGAGGUGCCUACUACUACGUGCAGCCCGCUGACGACGACCAGGAGUAGUUAGGAGGAUCCC